AUGUCUACAGUACCCAAUGGUAAUAAUCAAAUGGCUGAACAUGCGGCCGCUAAAGCAGAAGAUGCAUCUAAGGCCACGCCAAUCACCAAUACAACAGUAGCUCCUGAACAUAAGAAGAAGAAGCUUGUUAGAAAACAAGCAGGAUCAAAUCAAUUGAAAUACAAGGCAUGGCAAUUUGGACACAUUUUCACAAUCGUGUUUGGAGUGAUUACGUUUACUUUCCAGAUUUUCCUCUUGCCAAAUAAAUGGUACAUCAAUUCGAUUUGUUAUAGAUUAUCAUUGUUGGGAUCAAUGGUUGCAUUGACAGCCACCUUUUCGCAUAAGUUCGGGAUCAAGUUCUUGCCGCCAUUUCCCACUUUGAUUGCACAACAGAAUUUCCAGUACUUGAUCUUGGCUAUCAUCUGGUGCUUUACGUUUAAAUCAAUUUUCAAGAUUAUCCCAUACUUUUUGAUUUCUACGUUGCAAUUGUCUGCCCACAAGAACAUCGAAGCGGUGACAAAGCACCUGGCUCAACUUGCUUCCUUCAUAGCGUAUGACGAGUUGUUCUUGAUUGUAUACUUGCUUCUUAGAACCUUAUUGUUCAGAAACACUUCAGGAUACCAGUUGACUGCAUUUUUAUUUUUCUACUGGUUGAGAAUCUUAUACAACAAGGAAACUGGUAACUUGUUUAGAUCAGUUGUUACUCGUCUCGAUGGUAAGGUUACAACUUCAACUAAGAACGAGAAGGUUCUUCACUAUUGGUCUAAAAUCAAAAAAUUCUUAGACGCCAAGCAAUAUGAUAAGGUUUAA